AUGGCCAGGGUUAAUCUCACCACAGUGAGUGAGUUCAUUCUCAUGGGCUUCACUGACUACCCCAGGCUGCAGAUGCUCUUCUUUCUGGUGUUUCUGAGUUUCUAUCUAGUCACCCUUCUGGGGAAUGUGGGGAUGAUCAUUCUGAUCCAACUGGAUGUCCAACUCCACACGCCAAUGUAUUUCUUCCUGAGCCACCUCUCCCUGCUUGAUGCCUGCUACACCUCAGUCAUCACCCCUCAGAUCCUGGCCACACUGACCACAGGCCAGACGGUCAUCUCCUUUGGCCAAUGUGCUGCCCAGUUCUUCUUCUUUACCAUUUGUGCAGGUACAGAGUGUUUCCUGCUGACAGUGAUGGCCUACGACCGCUACAUUGCUAUUAGCAACCCACUGCUCUACACUGUGGCCAUGAAUCCCAGAAUCUGCUGGAGGUUAGUGGUGGGAGCCUAUGUCUGUGGGGUGUCAGGGGCCAUCCUGCGUACCACAUGCACCUUCACCCUCUCCUUCUGUGACAACAAUCAGAUCAACUUCUUCUUCUGUGACCUCCCACCCCUGCUGAAGCUUGCCUGCAGUGACACAACAAGCACUGAAAUUAUCAUUAUCUUCUUCGGCAACUUUGUGAUUUUGGCCAAUGCCUUGGUCAUCUUGAUUUCCUACCUGCUCAUCAUCAGGGCCAUUUUGAGAGUGAAGUCUUCAGGUGGCAGGGCCAAGACUUUCUCCACGUGUGUCUCCCACCUCACCGCUGUGGCCCUUUUCUUUGGGUCCCUCAUCUUCAUGUAUCUGCAGACUGGCUCCAGCAAAUCCCCAGAGGAGUACAAGGCUGUGUCUGUCUUCUACACUGUGAUCAUCCCCAUGUCGAACCCUUUCAUCUACAGCCUGAGGAACAAGGAUGUGAAAGCAGCCUUCAAGAAGGUCACUGGUAGACUGCAGGUGUCCCAGAAAAUGUAG